CGGUAGCUCAGCUCGCAGAAGCGGAAGUUGUGUAAAGUCACACGUGUUUAUCAAAAAAACCCACGGAAAUGGCGAAAAAUGGUAAACUCAAGCAGAAACCAAAGUUUAACGGCGACGUGAAACAGAAGAAGAAGAAGCAGAGAAAAUGCGUGCUGAUGUUCGACGAUAAAGAGCGACAAGAGUUCCUGACCGGCUUCCACAAGAGAAAGCUCCAGCGGAGGAAAGCAGCGCUGGAGGAGAUGAAGAACAAGCUGAAGGAGGAGCAGAAGCGCGUCAGAGACGAGAGACACAGAGAGUAUCUGAAGAUGCUGCAGGAGCGCCGGCAGGCUCUGGAGGAAGCAGACGAGCUGGUGGAUGUCAUCACAGCCACGAAAGAGAGCGUCCAGUACGACCAUCCCAACCACACCGUCACCGUGACGACCAUCAGUGACCUCGACCUAUCAGCAGACAGGUUACUGCAGCCAGAUCAGGGAGAUGAAGAGAGUAAAGAGGAGGAUGGUGAGAAAACCCAGGCUCUUCCGAGGAAAGCAGGAAACCCCCUGAAGUCUGAAAAGAUCCAGAGGCUCACGGCGUCACUGAACAGUCUCGCCAAACAAAAGAAGAGGAAACGGAAGCCCAAACAGGAAAUGAGGCGGGGAAACCAGCAGGCGGACAGGAAGUCGUCAUCAUUCACUCACAACAAGAAGUUACGAAGAGGAAAAACCACCAGACGCAAACUAACGGGUCGAAACGAGCGCAACCAGGACCGAUGAAUGACGGACGCCGCGCUAAACUCACGAACUCUCGGCUAACGCUGCGCUCAUGUGUUGUGUUUUACAUGUUUGAUACUCAGAGGACAUUAAAAAAAUGAAUCUUUCAUCAUAAA